CGUGUAUCAUAUCCUUAUAUGAAAUUUUUUUACUAUCGCCGAAGUAGCUGCUUCCACGGAUUUGGCGUUGAUGAAUUAGGUGCUAAUGAGGUGUGACAACAUGAAUCGAUGCAUUUAUAUGCCUGGUCCUAUGUCCUGGAUGACUGAACACUGAUUUCAAAUUAGCUACUACUAGUUCAGGAAGAUAUGUUUUUAUUCUGAAGAUAUUGUUCAUGUACUAUGACAGUUGCAGUCUUGCGUAGAUUUGCUAUCGAUCCGAGUUAUUUUACUGAUGGAACGAUGAAAAGUGAGAUUUAAACUUACUUUUCAGAUAGUCUUAUUCUUUGCAACAUUUUUCAAAUAAAUGUUUAUUUUCUAGUUUUUGAGUUAAAAUCUUUUGGAACCAGUGUUUCCAUGUGUUUUUGUCAAACCACGUACAUGCAAUUUGAAAACCGAUUGGUAAACAACGAGACAUUAGGUCCACAGAAUCUUCUAAAAUGCACUUAAACUUCCACAUCUUGGAAGUUACACUUAUCCAUGCGCUGCAAUAGCUCAUUACAUAAGAGAAAUAAAGCACGGAAUAUGUUUUAGGGUCUUCGGACUGACCCAGACAAUGCUUAAGUAGUACCUGGCUCUCUAACACAAAAGUAUGUUUUCUUAAACUUGUUUGUUAACUGUUUUGCAUGUGAACCCAUUUUGUCCUUUUUUUAUUUGUUUUUCCCAUGUAGAUUGUAAACGUUCUGAGAGUAACAAGUACCUUUUCAUCACGUAUCGGCCCCUUGUCGAUAGUUAUUUGGUAAACUGCGUAUUACGAUUUUCCUGUAUUCAACUUUUGGAUGGUUAAAGACCGACUGCCUGAGCUUGAAGCUCGUAUAAAGGUCAGAAAUGGAAAUGCCAGGAAGAAGGCAGAGUUUGACUUUUCUCAACUACAUGCUGCUGUUUUCGAUCAGGUCAAUGAACUUCACUCUGAUAUUGAUAAUUUACGGCAAGAUAUUAAUGCAGUUGACAGGCUACAAAAAGACAUACUGGCUACACCUCAACAAGAUCCAAGUAAUGUUAUUUAUUCUUUUAUGGUUUUAGAACUGGAUAGUCAACUUAGUGAGCUCACCAAUUCCAUCCGAGAAAAGGCUCAUAAAAUUCGGAGUUCCUUGAAAGAAUUAGGGCAACAGGAAGAUGAUAAACUUCUGUCAGGAUUAUCUGGUAAAUGUCGUCUAAAGUCGUCUCAGCAUGCUGCUAUUUCCCGACAAUUCGUCCAUAUUAUGAACAAUUAUAGUCAACUACAAGUAGAUUAUCGUGACAAGUGUAAGGCUCGAAUUCGAACCAAGCUCCGUAUCGCUGAAGUCUCAUUUUCGGAAGAUGAGGUUGAAAAGAUGUUAGAAAAAAACCAUACGGGUAUUUUUACACAGGCUAUUAUGGCUGAAACAGAAGCUGCGAAGCGAUCAUUAUCGGAUAUCGAAGCUCGUCAUGCAGACAUUAUACGGCUCGAAAAAAGUAUCCAGGAGAUGAAAGAGUUAUUCUUCAAUGUCGCUCUUCUAGUUGACCAACAAGGUGAUUUAAUCGACCAGGUUGAAUACAAUUUGAACAAGGCAUCUGACUGUGUUGUAAAUUCAAAGCGUACCCUUUCAUCAGCCGUAAUUAGAAAUAAGAAAAAUCGUCGCUGCAAAAUAAUCUGUAUCAUAUUGGUUGUUGUUAUCUCCAUAUUGAUCCUGAUCUCAUUAGCUUCCGCAAUCGGUUUAACACGAUGA